UUAAGAAGUAAAAAUUUAGUUUAUGGUUCAUGAAUUAGCUUCUCGUAAUACGCUACGAUUUUCGAUAAUGUGUUUGGAAAUAAACAAUAUAUCGGGGUUAUUCUAGUUUUGUUUGUGUUUAUUUGUGCAAUAUAAAACCCGAAAAAUGUUCGUGAACUGUGAUUUAUGUGGUACAAAUAAACAACAACGCUUUUGAUACCACGAUUCCUCAGUGUGCGGAGUGACGCCAUUUUACGGGAAUGAUCAGCCCGCGGCUGCCUCAUACUAAGCCUGAUGUAAGGAUUGCUGUGUUCAAACGGAUGCAUGGAAACGAAUCUUUAUUCUUGCACUCGUGCUGGACGGAUGAAUUCCGAGAAAACUAUGGAAGAUGGUAAUAUUGUCAAUACGAAAGAUGAUAAAAUCACACCAGCGUCAUUGACAAACUUAUACGGCGAUUGCCCUGCGAAAGUAACCGCUAAUGGGCAUGAAUUCGCUGGCGAACCGUCCAGUCCGCCCGACGAGCCGUUCGAACAGUGCCGGCAGCCCGCUGAUACUUCCACCGACGACAAGUUUAAGAAACGUAUCAACCCUCUUCGAAUACAUCUUGGAAAGAGGCCUUUUGUAGAUAACUCACUUCAAUACUAUAGCACAAGCAAGAAAAGAAAGCCUUCAUUAAAUAAAAGUUGUGAUAGCAGCACGCCUGCCAAUUCAGUGCCCCGAGUGCCCAAACUUAUACCUAAGCACAUAGAUCGUAGUCAAUUUCAUAAUGUUUCAUCACAAGCAGAGAGUGAUGCCAACAGUGAGCGGGAUAAACCUGUGCCUCGGCUUGUGCCUAAAAGCCAACUGUUACAGUUCAAAAAGGGUAAAGCUGAAAAGGGAACCCAGUUGAAAGAGUAUGCACAGAGCUUGGGAUUGCAGCCUAUGGUGAAGUUCAAGUGUCGGAAAUGUUGCUCUAUGUCUUUUAAAACCCUGGCCAUGUUGAAAGAACACCAAUUAGUUUGUCGAGCUCAAGCAAAAGAACCGGCUUUGAGUCCGGAGGCAGCACCGUGUCCAGAACCCAACACUAGUGGACCAUCAAGGGUCACAAGAAAAGUAUAUUUGUGCUCAGCUUGUGGGACAUAUUAUGAAAAUUGGAAUCUCUUUUUACACAUGAGAGAAGUACACAAUAGACAUAUUUGCCUAUUCUGCUUAGGUAUGUUUUCAAAAGCUGAGAAACUAUCAUCGCACUUAACAAAUAAACACAAUGUGAAAGAGUUUAGUUAUAACUCUAAAGAAGACUUCUUCAAUGUGUAUAGUGGAACAUUAUAUUUAAUGUGCUGUGUAUGUGAUGAAAUAUGCAGUGAACAAGAUGAUUUUUUCAACCAUGAUUGUAAUAAUGUUAAGCCGAAACCUGUGCCUGUUCUCAUUAGCAAAAAUGCUGUCAAAUCUAAUAGUAUAAAAAACACAAGAAAUGUAAAUGAAGUUUCAACUAAUGGACCUACAAGUAUAACUAAAGAAAUACUUAAGCCCAGCAGCGAUAGAAGAGAAAUAAAUGAUGGUAAACAUGAGACUGUGACAUCUCAAAUGCAAAAAAUUACAGCUUUAGUACCAGAAACAAAUGUUAGUGAACCAGUAAUUAGUGAUACAAGUAUUAGUUCUGAUAGUUCAAUAACAACUGGUGGUAAGGAUACCAGCAACAUGGUAGACUCGGGCAUGGAGCUUGAGAGUUCUGACGCUAAACCAGUUUCAAGUCCUGUUCAGCGGAGUACCUUUAGUCCAGAGAGAAGUAAACAAGUGCCACUAAAUGGUGAUGAGAGCUUAGAACAUUCAGAUGAAAGUGAUUCUCCUGUGUCAGAUGACAUUAAUGAACCUAUGAAAGAGGCAUCUCCCAUCAAAAAUGAAGAAAUUGUUUAUCCCCCUGUGGAUAGGGAGAAAGAAUGUGGUAUCAAGUUAAAAUUAAGUUUAAAUAAUGCAAAUUCGCCUGUUAUUAUAAAUUCAACUGUUGAUCCUACCAUUGGUCAACAAAAAGUACAUAAACCCCCAUCCCGUCUAAGACGUCCACCUAAGCGUUAUGAGAAAGAAAAAGCCCCAGAACCAGUCCAAGGGCUGCCCAAGACCCCAUCAAUCAAAAUGACAAUAUGUGAUCGCGCAGAUAGCCCAUUUGUAAAGACAACUAUAUUUGAAAAUAACAAGGAGACUACAUUGAAGACAUUAUUGAAUAACAAUUCUGAAAGUGUAUGUAAAACACCAGAAAUAAAGUCAGAGAACACAGUUAAAACAACAAUUUAUGAUAAUAAAUUAGAAGAAAUCAACACAUUGAACAGGGUACCAAAGCUGACCGUAAGAGUUCCUAAAGAACUAUUAGAUAAAGACUCCUCCAGUGACUAUUCAUCUGAUAGUGAUGUUAGUGAUAAACUAACUGUGGACGAAAAUAAUACCACCAUAAAUGAAGAAGAAAAAGAGAAAACACAAACAGAGGUUUUUAAUGGUGUACCAUCAAUACAACCCUCAUCACCACCUGCAGGUAUCAAGGUGGAAGAACCACUACAACCUGAAGACGACAUUCAGGUUGAAGAUGACAAUGUAGACAUGAAAUAUGAGACAAAAGAUGAGCCAGAUUCAGAAUCAGUGCCUCCUGUAGAGCCUGUAGUAGUUGAGGAACCAACUAUUCCAGUUACUGAACUAACUCUAAAUAGACCUUUGGAUAAAUAUCCUCUUAAAGACCUACUCAAAGUAUUCUUAGCAUCAACCGUUUACAGUUGCAUAUACUGCAAUCAUGUGCGUAAAAUAGCUGUAAAUUGUGAGCAGUUGGCUUUGCACAUGGUUGCCCAACAUCGCUUUGCAGCUACUGUUGAGAGUAUCACUGCAGAGGAACUCAUGCCAGAAACUAUUACUGCAAAACUUAAGAAUAGUGCUUCAGAACUAAAUUCAGUUUAUAUAAACUUAGACUCUUAUGACAGUGUAGAUAAGUGUGACGAUGUACAAUAUGACUACAUGUUUGAAUGUUUUCAGUGUUACUUUAAAACUGCUAUCCAUAAAGAUCUCUAUUUACAUAAUCGUAAAAUGCAUCAAAAAACUAUUUUACUGUGUGUUAUGUGUAAAUCUAAUUUUUAUAGUUAUAGUGAGUUAUUAUGUCAUUUAUGCCCUGGAACUUAUGAUUCUGAGUAUGAAAUUAAGUUUAGAUGCUGUUUAUGCAAUGUAGAUGCUAUCCCAUCACCCUUCAGAUUGAUGGUACAUUUACGAAAAAUUCAUCAUACCUGUGAUGUAUGUUUGGAACUCUGCCACAACCAAGCUCGCCUUUCGAAUCACGUAUGGAAACACAAAUUGCACCAUUUAUGCUACCGAUGUGGAAUCGCGUAUAGAAAUAAACCAGACAUAACUAACCAUUUAUUCUGGAAACAUGGCACUGAAAGUGUGUUAUGUAAAAAAUGUUUACAAAAGAAAUGGCCGCAUGUGUACCAUUUCUGUACACCACCUCCUAUUUUCGUUUGUGAAGAAUGUAGUUUACAAUUUACAAAAGCUGUGUACCUAAAAGUUCACAAAAGAUUUCACUCAGGCGAUUUUCCUCAUAUUUGUACAGAAGAAGGGUGCAGUGAGAAAUUUGUCUCGAAGAAACUCCUUGAUAAACAUCUAGAGGAACAUAAGAAAAAAAUGAUGAUUGAAAAUUUAAAUGAAACAAAGCCCACUGUGCCAAGUGAAAUAGUACCAGAAGCCUGUAAGGAACCCAUUCCUGUUAUUGAUUUGGAAGAUAUUAAACCUAAAGAGGAAGCUGGGACUUCCGAGGUUAAAGCUGAGUCUGGAACUGAACAGCUAACCAAAAAAGAGAGGAAAAGGAAAUUGAAAGAUAAAGAUGCCCUCUUGCUGGACGUCAAUUUGCCAGCUCUGAAUCUUUCAGAAAGUGAUAGCAGUGAUGAAUCUGACAGUGGUAUUCCUCCAAUUAUUAAAGAUGAGAAAAUUGAAGAAAAGUUAAAAGAAGAACCAUCUACAGCAGCUGACUCCACAAAUACAAAUAUCCCUGAUGGGGAAGCGACUCCUAAAACCGAGGAGAAAAUUGAAGCACUAGACGAGAAACCCAAUGAGCAACAGGUACUAGACAUAUGGGACAAUUUCAAGAAGUACCAAGCUAAAGUUGAGAAGCGAGAGAAAACGCCUCCAUUAGUGCCUAUUAGAAAACACGUCUGCGAAUCGGACCACGAUUAUUGCUUGGUUCCAACUGAAAUGAAUGGAGACGAGGAUAUAUUUAACAAUAGUGAUACUAAAAAGAAGAACAAAAAGUCUCCAAAGAAACAACGCGGUGACUUAUCUUCAACUAGUAGCAGUAGCAGUGAUUCUGAUUCGAGCUGUUCCUGCGGAUCAAAUUGCAGUUGUUCGUCAAGCUCCGGAUCGUCCUCAUCGAGUUCAUCUGACUCUGACUCAUCUGAUGAUUCAGGUAAUGAAAAGAAAAAGACCAAGCGCAUUAAGAAGACUUUGCCUAACAGAAGGUGUAGUACUGGUUCAAAUGUGGAUGUCAUGGGUAUGUCUGAAACUCCAAUAUUGAUUCCUGAGAAAACUGAACCGCCCAUUGCCGAAACAGAUCUUGAGACUGAUGAAAGUGAAACAGAUGAAGAAUUUUAUGACGAGCACCCGCAAAGAAUAGCCAACAAAUUAUAUGAGGAAAAGCGAAACCAGAUGAUGAGUGUUUCAUCAGUGCCACCAUCUGAUACCGGAUCCAUUUCCGGAGAGGCUAGUCCAAGACCCACAACACCCAUUAAAGAACAAGAAAAGGAAGGAAAAGAACCCAAAGAAGAGCCUGAAACAAAAGUCAAGUCAUCCAGCAGUAAAAAGAAGAGUAAAAAGAAAAAGAAAUCAAAGAAUUCCAAAAGGCAUGGGCCCAUAAAAAUUAACAUUCCUAAAGAUAUCAUAGCAAAAGCUGAAGUAGAGGCACCACUGCCUUUAAUUCCUAAUAAAAUAACAAUAUCUUUACAAUCUAACACAGUACAAAUCCCAGAAGCACCGAAACCGGCUCCAAUGGUCGUUGAAACAAAUACUGCGGCAUCAUCCGUUGAAAGUAAGCGGGCGUCGAAACGGAGACGAGUUCCUAACAAAUUUUAUGGGUACUCGAGUGACGAGGAAGCACCUCAAACUCCUGUCGCUGCUGCUGCUCUAAAACCACAACAACCGCCAAAACUUGAGUGGCGGAAAGAGGAUUUACCAUCACCUGUGACACACAAGGCAAAGAAAGAAGUACCGUCUACUGUAAUUCCUAGUAGAUUGUAUUAUACGGACCCUAUCAGGUUGACUGCUCCAAUACCUGAUCCCGAGCCGCCGCGUAUCUUAAUGAAUACUGAAUCAAUGGAGUCUAGUGACUCUGAUUCAAGUGAUGAAGGAAAUUUAGAAAUAUUCCAGCCUAACAGUCAAAGUUCCGUGCCGCCACCACCAACAUAUCUGAACUCAGGCACGUCUAGUUUGCCGUACGCCUUUCAGCGGCCUGCGGUGCGGGAGGCGCGAGAGGGGGAGAGCGUGUAUUGUUACUGCCGGUGUCCCUACGAUGAGGUCUCGGAGAUGAUCGCGUGUGAUGCAGAGGGCUGUCCUAUUGAGUGGUUCCAUUUCGAAUGCGUCGGUAUCAUGGUACCGCCUAAAGGCAAAUGGUACUGUCCCGAAUGUAGGAAAAAUCAAAGUUUCUCAGGUUACAGAUAAUAUAAUUGAAAUUUAAGUGUAUAUAACAUUGCUGUAUUGUUAUUAUAUCUGUAUAUAACUUAUUGACGAUUGUAGAUAAUUUAGGCUUUACCUGUAUAUCUUUGUAGGUAGUUUCUGUAAGUUUUAGGUUAUUAGGUCUGAAAAAAAUGUAUCAUUGUUAUAAAAAGUACACGUUAUGCUUGAUACCGGCUGUGCAGCCACAUCUGUAACCUGGCAAAUUGUUAAUGACAUUAACCUACUGCAGCAUACGGAAAUAUAAAUCCGAUUUUUGAUACCAAA